UUUGGUGAAAAGAAUUCUCGGGAUGUCCUUUGCAAGCUAUGCUUACGUGUCAGUAACCCUACUAAUUAUGUUGACCAAUAUGUCUAUCGUUAUGCCCAAAGCUAUGCCCAGCUCGCUCAAACAGUGUAAUUCUACAGUGCCGUUUCCUCUCCUUGAAAACGUAAGUGGACGCGAAGGUAACUGGUCGCAAGUGUGCAACAUUACCCACAACAAUAGCGAAACUCUAAACAAAAGUGACGCGGGUACGAGACACGAGGGUACCGUACCGCAUACCAUUACGAUCAUCGUGGACGCUAUCGGCGUACUCUCCAAUACCCUGCUGAUCCUCGCCAUCCUGGUCGACCCUCUAAAUCUCCUUCGAAAAGGGGCGUGGUUCACCAUACUCAACCUGUCGAUCGCCGACUUCACUGCUAGCCUAUCCAACUUCCUCAUGGUCGGUUUGCAGGUCCAUUUCAACCGACCGAAUCCAGUAGUCCUUAGGACUUGUCGUUUCUUCUGGUAUUUUGGCUCGGGUGGAUCGUUCCUGCUGCUCGCGUUACUGACCGCCGAAACGUACGUCAUCGUAAAAUACCCGAUUCGAAGUAAGACGAUGUUAACUGCCAAGAAAGUCCGUCUUCUCUGCGCUGGAGUCUGGAUCAUAGCUAUUUUAUUAGGUAUAAGUAACGUCCAAUACGCAAUCUUCAAGACGCCUUUUGAACGGGCAAUGAAAUUCUAUAUAGCGCAAAUAGCCGUCUUGGAAUUGGCCGUAAUAGUCCAGGUGUUGCUGAAGGUGCUUAUAAUUCGCGAAAUUCUGAGAAGCGAACACAGCAUAGGAACAAACUCUGAACAGCGGACCAAUAAGCACAAGGAAAUAGCUAAGACAAUCGUAAUACUUAAUGUUAUGCUGAUCGUCACGGCUUUUCCUUACUUCGUUGCCAAGCAGAUCGAGUAUCUGUACCGGUUGAAGGUGAUACGCGGAGACGGAUUGGCGAGGUUUUUUUCCUACUACUACCAGCCUGUCGCUGUGCUGAAUUUUGCACUCAACCCCAUUCUUUACUCCUUACGUCUGCCUGACUAUCGACGCAGUUUAUUCGCGUUGCCUUGCCACUGCGAAAAACGCGUGUUCGAAAGUGGUUUAGCAAGUAUGAGGACAGCAUUGUCCUGA